AUGGCUGACAGGGGAGCAACUUCUCAACUACUGAAUGAUGGAAAAGACUGGUGGCAGGAAAGACUGGAAGAACUUGAAAAAUUUAAACAGGUUCAAACAAGCGCGUUGGAUGACCUUGUUAGUGUGAACUCCCUUUUCACAAUAGCCAUUUUCUUGGGCUUAUCGUUCGCCUCUCCCACCGAACAGAGCAUUGAUAAUCGACCCGAAUGUGCACCAGACGUCAAGAUGGAAAAGAGGCUCGUCAUGUAUGAAGUUGUAUCGUUCGCUUGCUUCCUCCUUUCGAGCCUGGUGGCGAAAUCACUCAAGCUUUUCAUCAAUUUCCAAAACACCAAAGAUGAUCUGGACAUUGGAAAUCCUCAUCCAUAUCAAGUAAUAAAGCCAAGUAGAGGUUUCAUGAUCCUGUUAUCGGUGUUGGCAUCGACGGUUGGGGUUGUGUUUUUGACGCUUUCAAUGGUUGAUGUUGUUCAGAUAAAGAUAGGGAAGAUGUCUUGUGGGAUUCAUGAGACUCAAGCUGCUGUAAUAUCACUGUGUACCAUUGUGGCUCUGGCUCUCAUCAUUUAUUUGCCUUCUACUGUGACAACUAUUUUACGCUGUAUGUUUAAUUUUUAG